CACCGCGGCGCCGUGGGCCUGGGCCUCGGGCCUCGCCGCCCGCCAGGGCUUCAGCACCGACCGCGACGAGCUGAUGGAGGUGUUCCUGGUCAUGGACACGGACGGGAACGGGAUGCUGAACGCCACGGAGAUUCAGGACACCAUCGGCAGGCUGGGCGGCGGGUGGCUCUCCGGCGCGGAGCUGGAGCAGAUGCUCGGCGACGCGCUCGCGAACUGCGACGGCGAGAUAGACUUCAACGGCUUCAAAUACGCCGUGACGAACUCGCACAAGGCCUCCCGUGCGCGCGCGGCGCGCGGCUGGUCGAACGACGAGUGGUGGCGGGACCCGGCCGCCCUGCUGCCGGCGAACAUGCUCGACAACGCCACGCCGGAG